AUGGCUGAAAGUCAUUGUCAAUGGAUGGAGAUGGUGGCUGAUCGGCCGCCAGAGAUAGUAGUUGAAGGUGGUUUUCAAGAAAAGGUGGUGGCCAAAGGUAGUUAUCGCCAGUGGUCGAGUUCGGUGAUUCAUCUCGGGAUUGCGAUUUCGAGGUUCAAUUUUGAGCACAGCUCUGUGAUUUAUCUCCAUGGAUUUGGAACUCUUCGUCUUCUUCGAUCAGAGGUUUGUCCCAUAUGCUCCAUAAAAGUUGUGAGCAACAUGUUAAGUCAUAUCACUCUGCAACAUGGACAUUUAUUCAAGAUGCAGAGACGUCGCAGAUUACGUAGAGUUGCGAUUCCCAACAGUCAGGCACUUUCUCUCUUGGGAAGGGAUCUUCGUGAGGCGCAUCUGCAGGUUCUUUUAGGAGGUAGUGGAUAUCGAUCAAGCAAUGCAAAUUCAUCUAAUGCAGUUAAUGAUCCAUUCAUUUCCUCUCUUAUUUUGAAUUUCCCUUCAUCUAAAUCAAAAGACAUUUUGAAAUCCGUGUUAUCCAGUGCUGAUGACAGUUCCGUUAAGAGUGUGACAUCAUCGCCUAUAUGGAAAGCAAGUUUUGAUCCAUCAUUGAGUUAUGAAAAGCGGGAAAAAAGAAAGAGACAGGCUGCCGAAAGAGUUGUUUUUCUCCAGGAUCUGCUAGUCUCAACUCUGUUAGACGACUAGUGAAGCAGCAGUAAGUUGAUAUAGAAUAGCUAUAAAAUUGAGUAAUUAAGUGAUCAUGAUUAGGGGCAAUUUGGGUAUGGUCUCGCAUUGUU